UCAUAAAUAUACUACAAAAAACACAUACUUUUCAUAAACACACACAAUCCAAUUAUUCAUCAGUCAAAAGAAAUUAGAAAUGAAGACUUAUUUCCUUUAUUUUUCCCUUACACUUUUCAUACUAAACUUAUUGACUCUCUCCUCAACCCAAACAACUCCCAACUACACCAAUGACCAAAUAUCCCUAAUUUCCUUCAAAAACUCUCUCACACAAAACCCUAAUUCCCUCAACAACUGGUCCACCAACACCUCCAUCUGCGAAUGGACCGGCGUCUCAUGCGGGCCCCGCCACCAACGAGUCACCACCCUCAACGUCUCCGGCCUCUCCCUCCGCGGAACCCUUGCUCCACAUCUCGGAAACCUAACGUUUCUCCGAUCCCUAGACAUAAGCUCCAACAACUUCACCGGCCCGAUCCCCUCCCACCUCUCCAAACUACGUCGUUUGAGGACAAUAAACGCGGGAUUCAACAACCUCACCGGAGAAAUCCCGAUAUGGUUAGGUUCCUUAUCACAACUGCAACAUGUCCAUCUCAACAACAACACCUUCUUUGGGACAAUCCCUCCUUCUUUGUUGAAUGUUUCGAGUUUGCUAACUUUGAAUUUCGGAAACAAUUCUCUUGAUGGAUAUGUUCCGAAAGAGAUUGCCAACUUUUCUUCACUAGAAAGGUUGAAUUUGGAGGGGAAUAUGUUCAUAGGCUCUUUGCCUUAUGGCAUCUUCAAUAUUUCUACUAUAGUGGAUGUGAAUAUGAGAUAUAAUAGUUUAAGUGGUGAGAUUCCAAAUGAUGUGUGUAGUAAUGAAAAUCCAAAAAUUAAAAGAAUAAUAUUGAAUAAUAACCAGUUGUUGGGGAGAAUUCCACCGAACAUUGGCAAUUGCAGAGUGCUGGAAGCGAUUUGGUUAAAUGAUAAUAUCUUAAGUGGAAGCAUACCCCUUGAAAUUGGGAGUUUGAGCAAGCUUGAGUUUUUAUCAUUGGCGACCAACCGUUUAACAGGUCGCAUACCAAAGGAAGUUGGAAAUCUUACAAACCUGAAACUCAUGGGACUCUCUUCUAAUCAGUUGGAAGGUGAACUACCAGAAGAGCUAGGAAAACUAGCAAACCUUGAGCGUUUUCAUGUUCCCUUUAACGAUCAUUUAAACGGCUCCAUACCAUCUUCCAUAUUCAACAUCUCCACAUUGAAAGGAUUACAUCUCCAACAAAACCUCUUUUCCGGAACUCUCCCUCCGAACAUGGGAGCUUCACUCCCCAAUCUCGAGCUACUUAUUUUAUUCUUCAACAGACUCAGCGGCAAAAUCCCAAACUCCAUCAACAACGCCACCAAGCUCACUGUCUUGGAACUCAACAGAAACUCAUUCACCGGCUCCGUUCCCGCCUUCUCCAGUCUACGAAACCUCCAAAGGCUCACCCUCUGGGAAAACAAUCUCACCGGAGCUGAUGAAUUCCUAUCUUCCCUAACAAACUGCCCCGUUUUGAAAACCUUGGAAGUGUCGUACAAUCACGAAAUGGCGGGAGUUCUCCCUCGUUCGAUCGGGAACUUCUCGAAUUCGCUUCAAACUAUUAGGGCGUCAUACUGUGACUUUAGAGGUGGCAUUCCUUCUGAGAUUGGAAACUUAACUAGUUUGCUGAAUUUGCAAACUUCUGGUAACAAACUAACCGGAUUGAUCCCAACAACUAUAACAAAUUUGGAAAACCUCCAAGUAUUGAGGCUUGGAGAGAAUCAACUUGAGGGGAAAAUCACAUCUGAUCUUUGUCAGCUCAGGAUGCUGGGGGACUUGAAUAUGAGUGCGAAUCUGUUCACCGGCUCAUUACCGGGCUGCCUCGGUGAAAUUCAAACGCUAAGAAGCCUCUCCUUCGCGAUGAACGGGAUGAACUCGACGAUACCUUUGAGCUUCUGGAGUCUUAAGGAUUUGGUGUAUCUAGAGCUGCAGUUGAAUCAAUUUAGUGGGGAGAUUCCAUCUCUGAUUGGGGAUUUCAAAGGAAUAGACAUAUUAGACCUCUCGUUUAAUCAAUUUAGUGGUCUGAUUCCAAGCUCAAUUGGUGAGUGUGAAUCACUGACUACUUUGUUAUUGAAUGAUAACAGAUUUGAUGGAAGCAUUCCUGAAUCCUUGGGAGAUGUUACAAGUUUAGAAUCACUGUAUUUGCAUAACAACAGUCUUUCUGGAAUUAUACCUAAGAAACUCCAAGGCCUCAAGAGUCUUCUGAAUUUUAAUGUGUCUAACAAUAGAUUGGAAGGUGAAAUUCCGAAUGAGGGCUGCUUUGUUAACUUCACUGCUGAUUCGUUUGCUGGCAACGCUGAUCUAUGUGGUGCUGCGAGGUUUGAUGUGCUGCCUUGCCCUAAAAGAUCGAAGAAUGAUCGUUUGGUGAAGUAUCUCGUGCCACCUCUCGUUGCAGUUGUCGUUUUGGUAGUGAUCAUGGUUUUUUUUAUAAGGAGACGCAGUCAGAAAAGGAUCACAACUCCAGAUGAGGGAAUUGGAUUGAAGAUUGAUUGGAGGAGAAUUUCGUAUUUAGAACUUGAGCGAGGGGCGGAUUCUUUUAGCGACACGAAUCUGCUUGGAAGAGGCAGUUUUGGUUCUGUAUUCAAAGCAAUACUUUCCGAUGGGCUAAAUGUUGCGGUGAAGAUCUUCAAUUUGGAGCUGGAAGGCGCUACCAAGAGCUUUGACACCGAGAGCGAGAUACUAAGCGCGCUUCGCCACAGGAACCUAGUCCGGAUAAUUGGUUGUUGUGUCAACACGGAGUUCAGAGCUUUGAUUCUUGAAUACAUGCCAAAUGGGAGUUUGGAGAAAUGGCUGCAUUCCGCCCGCCAUUGCUUGGAUCUUCUCCAAAGCUUGCAGAUAGCAAUAGAUGUUGCGUUAGCUUUGGAAUAUCUUCAUCAUGGCCACCCGUAUCCCGUUGUCCAUUGUGAUGUGAAGCCAAGCAAUGUGCUGCUUGAUGAAGACAUGGUUGCUCGUGUUGCUGAUUUUGGCAUUGCCAAGCUCUUUGACAAAGGGGAGUUUAUGGCUCUCACGAAAACCCUAGCCACCGUCGGUUAUGCAGCACCAGAGUAUGGAUCGGAAGGAAAAGUAUCCAUAAAUGGAGAUGUAUACAGCUACGGAAUCUUGCUGUUCGAGAUGUUUACAGGAAAGAGACCAACGGAUGAUAUGUUCAGUGGGGAAAUGAGCGUAAAGGAGUGGGUGAGUGAGGCUUUGCAAGAAAGUCGAGUAUCUGAAAUUGUGGCGGUUGGAUUGUUAUCGAGAGAUGAUCAAUACUUUGAAUCAAAUGAGCAAUGUGUGUCAUCAAUUUUUGAUGUGGCUAUGAAAUGCGUAGCCUUCUCGCCGGAGGAAAGAAUCAACAUGAUCGAAGUAGUGGCUUCUCUUCAGAAGAUCAAAUCCAAAGCAACAGCAGAAAGAGUCAGCCCUGUCAACAACAGGAGAUAGAUUCCAGUUUUGAAUAAUGCAAAUAAUGAUAGUUAAUGUUUUCUUGUUGGUGGAAUUUAUUUCGUAAACAAUAACCAAUUUCAA